AUGCCGCUUCUCCCAUCUACAGACUCGAGUAUUGUUAUGGCAGAGCAGAGCGGCCGCGAUGUGGUAGAUCAGACCCUGUCGGGCGGCGAGCCUUCGCCUUCCGGCGUUCCUGCGAGCAUUAACGAUAAAUCAUCUGCUGGAGGGGACGUGGGGGAGACUCAACAUAUCACAUCGACAUUGACAGCACAAGUAUCGACCGACCCACAACUCAACGAUAAGGCGAGACAAGCGCUUGGUUCUCAAGUGGAGGAGACGGGAAAUGACAAGGAUGCCGGAGGCUCUGCGAUGGUGGGUGCAUACGGUUCGGAGCAUGUUGUGACCAUGGAGCUGAAAAUGGCGCAGGAUUAUUCAAAGCAGGGUACCGGUCUUGUUGCUUCUAGAGCACUGGAACUGAACGGACUUGCAUCGGCAUCCGAUGGCGGGGACGACACAGCUUCACUGGGUGGUUCGGAGUCGGAUGCCAGUCGGACGGAUGGUAGACAUCAUAACCGGACUGGCUCCGUCAAGAAGCCCACUGCUUUCAAGCCCGUGUCUUUUGCUAAGUUUGCGGUUCCCAAGGCCCCGGGAGCUACUGCGGCACCGAAGGUGCCUGAGAAAGUUCCGUCCGCCUCUACCACCCCUCUUGGUACCCCUCAACCCAGUUCAAGACCACGCUUGGUCGCAAAGACCACCGCUGGCAUGCGCGACUCUUUCUCAAAGACCGGUGCAGGUGGUGGAAAGCCUGGGGCGUCAGGGCCGGAUCCUAACCAAGUUUGGAAUAAGAAUCGGCCCGUCCAGCCAACCCCGCCAAAGCACUUGACCGACGAAGAACUGAAACAGCAAUAUGGCAUCCAUAUGACAUCUCGUAUUCAGGAGGAUGGAGGUGGCACAGAGGCGAAAUGGGCAGAUAUUGAUGAUGAUGAGGACGACUGGGCUCCGGAGACCAUCGAGUGGACUGACGGAACGAAGGUUACUCUCACGCAUACCGAUCACCCCGCACCUGCUACAGACCAGGCCUUGGAAGAGUCGAAGGAUGCGGUUCCGCUACCUGAGCAGACUGUCGCUAGAGACCCUAUCAAGAUCGCUGCUCCAAAGCCAACCACGUCCGUGGGACCUAACCCUACAGUACUCAGGCUUGGGGCCAACGCCGAGCGUCAGGCCAAGGCCGCAAGUAUCUCGUCUAAAGGAACAAACGAUCGUGCGCCAUCUGGGUCUACAAGCCCGGCUCCUCCACCAGCUAAAUCACCUUGGGCUCCCCUGCCUCCUGUCGAACGAGUAUCUCCCGUGAAUCCACCGGUCCACGUAUCUCAACAGCCCCGUGGCCCCGGUCCUGUCAGUCACCCGGCUCGAGAUGACGUUCGGCAGGCUCCAUUCCCUCCCCAAGAGAUUGCUGCAGACGACUUCAACCGUACAUGGAGAGAGACUGCACCAGGCGCGCCUCGGGAGCUGUACAACUCCCGUUCUGGUCGAUACGAGCCCGUACAAGACACCCGCAGAGGAUCAUGGCGACAUGAUCAAGGCCCUCGUCCUCCAGCCGUUCUGCAACGUCCCAAUCAGGUAGAGUCGGGCGGUCCCGCGGAGCCAUCUGCCGCAUUCCAGACCCAUCGGUCUAGCCACCAAGAGGGUAUGGGAUGGAACCGACGCCGCACAUCAUCCAAUGUAAGUGGUGGUAGUGGAGGAUUUGGUCGCCGUAUGUCAUUUGGUCGAACGGAUGCACCGCCAAGAUAUAUGGACGGUCGACGGGGAUCCCAGACCAAUGGUAUGGGUGACCCAGCAUUGAUGGGACGUGAAAAUGGACCCCAUGGGGAACCCCACAACGUGGCUGGAUGGAGUGGACAGGCACCGAGGAGUGCAAGCGCUGCCUCAUCAGUAGAGCAACAACAGGCUGCCCCAGUUCCAAUGGCUGAGGCACCGCAGGAAGAUCCAGUGGUGUUGCAAGAGCGAAUCAUGAAAGAUGCACGCGCCCAGGCAAGGCAGCGAAGAUUGGAGCAGGAAGAGAAAGAUAGGCUGGAAAAGGAAGAAAGAAUCAAGAAGAAGCUCGCUGCCUUGGGACCGCCGCCUGAGAAGACCAGGCCACCACCUGAGAAGUCGUUGCCUCAUCGCAAGGAGCCUGCUGAACAGCACAUAAAUACUCCCUCCUCACCUGCUCCAGCAAUCCUCCACUCUCCUCCCAAACCUCCCGUCCCCGAACCCUCUGGCGAACCCAAACAGUACGGUCUCAUGAAAGUUCACCAUCCCGACUCUGUCAAGAAACUUGUCGCCGUGAACGAACGUGAUCGUGCUAGUGAGAAACACCCAGAGAAACCCACUUCACCUCACACUCGUCGUUUACCUCUUUCACCUCGUGACCAGAAACGAGAGCUGGCAACUGCCCCCGCCACUGCCAAACAGCCUUCCCCCGACACGCAUCCCACGGAUGCAAAGGCUGAUGAGCACGGUCCUGACUGGCGUGGAAAUCUGAACGCUCCCAGCUCAUACGCUCCCUGGUCAACCAACCCCAACCUCGCGUCCAAUCCUCCCUCAGUGAAAAACCCUUGGUCUCUCCUGAACAACGACAGAACCCUCGGCAACGGCAUCUUUGACCAAAGUCUUGGUGCCUUCCCAUCCCGAGAAGUUCCUCCUCUUCGAAGCCAGUUCGGUAUUGAUCAGUCUACCAUGCCUCCUCAAACCGUUUCCGGUCCGCAGGAGUCGGCCUCCGUCUCCCCCCUGCCAUCCCCUGAGACCAGACAUGCACGCCCUGGUCAUUUGAACCCCAUCGGCCGCCCUGGCCCGAUUGGCCCUCCUUCCCAGAAGUGGCAACGUGAUGCUCGUGCCAUGGCGUGGAAUCAAUACUCCAGUAUUGCGGAGUAUGACCGCGCAAGACAGGAACAGGCCCGUGAGGCCUUCGAGGCCAACCGGGGUAAGCCCAACCCCUUUAUGACCGGCCUCAAGGAAAGCUGGAAGCCACGCGGUGCUUCAGACGAGACUGCAAAGCAAGCCGUCAUUGACAUCACCCCCGGACCUGUGGACAACACCAAGAACGGUCCUGCUCCCGCCAACCCGCUGACUGACCUGGAUGCCCCUGCGGAUGGUCUUGCGUUCACCGAGAGCCAUGCUCGUCCCAUUGCCAGCAUGCCCGCUCGCAGCUCGCGGUUCUUCCCCCAGGCCAGUGAACAGUCCAAGCGUGCAGCAACUGAGAAGAAUGACUACUGGCGCAGCCCAUCGCCUCCUCCUCCUGAGGAUGAUGGCUGGGGUCAUCCCGUGUACGGUAGCAGCUCUGCUCGGCCUCUGGUUCACCUUCCUAACCCUAAGCCUGUGGUCAAGCUCCCGCCUAAGGCUCCAGCUGCCUCUGCUGCCCUAGCCCCCCCAGCUGCCCCGCCCACCUUUGCCUCGAUGGCUGCUGCCACUACUCCUGCACGUGGUCCGGCUGCCCCUGCGCCAACUGCUAUCUCUUGGCAGGAGAAGAUCGAUGGUCUCCUCGGUAAGAAGACCCCUGUGGAGAAGAAGUCCGCUCUGGCUAUUACCUCCGCCACCAAGGAACCUCUGGAUGUUCCGCUGUCUGCCGCAGCCGUUUCCGUUUCCCUGCCCAACAUCGAGAAUGAUGUGCAGAUUGGCGAUGGCCACCUUGCUGUUCGACAGGUUGAAGAACAGGAUGAGAUCUUCGAAGACCGUGAGCCUGGCUCUCUGCCCAGCGUUCGAGUCCCCAACAUGGCUCCCGUCAACGCUUGGCAAGCCGCCCCUCCACCACCAUCCCGUCAGCGUGUCAGGACUCUCAGACCGAUGCAAGUUCACAGCAUCGAGACCUAUCCCGUUGGAGGUGGCGAGAAGGAUGCCGCUGGCAAUGUUCGUGUUGUUGUUAACCUCCCCGGCGCUGCUCCAGCCAAGACCGUGAACAUGCCCAAGAAAGCUGGCGGUCCUACUACCUCGCGUCCGCAGCAGCAGCAGCAGCAGCAGCAGCAGCGCAGCGGCGCUUCCAACUUCAACAAGUCCCGCAAGGGACCGAAGCCGCGCGAGGCCCCCGGAAGCAACAAUGGCCCCAAGAAGCCAUCCAAUGCCUCCCAGCAGCAGUCUCGCAGUGGAUCGUGGGGCACCAGCACUUAG